AUGGUCAAGUUCGCGUGGGCUUUGCCCCUCCUACUUGCUAAGGCCUCCUUCGGUCGCCCUUUCGGAGAGAUCGACCCCAAUGAAAUCGGCCUCACGCUCUGCGGAACAGAUCACAGAGAUGGAGAGCAGCACGCCCGCGACGAUCUUUUUGCCUUAGAGUCCAUGUACAAGGACACCGCCGUGUUCAAGGAACAAGAGCCGAUCCGCAUCCCUGUCAACAUUGUCCUCGUCGGGAACGACAAUUACACGAGUUUCUUCUGGAACAAAACCACUGCGAUCGAGGCAGCCUACGCCAAAUACCGCAGCGUCGGCUUCGAGUUCGGCCCGUUCUCCUAUGAAGAGGUCAACGAGGAUUCUGCGAUCCAGCACAGGUUCAGGAUAUGGGGAAACGUCACCUCGGCCUUGGUCCGCGCCAACCGUCGCGGCGGAGCGGACACGCUCAACCUGUUCCUGGUCCCCGCGAACCUGGGAACCUACGGCUUCGCCAACUUCCCGUGGGCCCUCCUCGACGCACCCACAAAGCGCAAGGGCCUGGAGUUUCCCCUAGCCAGUGACGCUGUCGUCAUUGCCACGGUGGGUCUGACGGAGGAAAUGCUUGAGAAGCUGGUUGUGCACGAGACGGGCCACUGGCUCGGCCUAUACCACACGUUCCAAGGCGGUUGCAAGAGCGACGAUGACCAGGUUGAGGACACUCCUCAGCAGGAUCUGAGAAAGAAUUUCCAAAAGACUUGCGACGCAAAGCAGAACUCGUGUCCCUUGCUGCCGGGAUACGACCCCGUUCGCAACUACAUGACUUACACUGGAUGCAGCGAUGGCAUGCACUUCACCGCGGGCCAGGCACGACGCAUGAGGCAGGCUUGGGAGGUGUAUCGCGACCCCGAGACCAGAAAUCUCCCUGCAUAUAGCGAGAUGCCUCUUCCGCAUAUGUCGCCCGCUCAGAAGCGAGAUCUGAUCGACCUAUGGAUGGAGCGAGAGCCACCGGAGUUCCGCAAAUAUCAUUCCCAGAUCCCUGUUAUCCCUUUUGGUCCUCCUGGUCCUCACAGUGGCACAAAAUCUUGGGAAUGGCCUGGACUGAAAGCCCCGGGACGGCGCUUGCAACCUUGCUGUCAAAAAGACGCGGCGGUUGAGGUCAAGAAGAGUUCUGGCGGUAUUCCACAAGGGGAGGGUACAGACUAG